AUGCAGACUGCCGAGACCUCCGCCAGCGCCCAACGACCCGCCCUCGAUGGCACACGAAACCCGCUCAUUCGCGACGCGGAAACCAACCUCAUCCUGCCGCUCGGGACCUCGCUCCGGUCUAUGCUGGCCAUGCUCGAUGACUUGAAGGCUUUGCUGGGCGAGGAGAACGUCCACAUUGAUUCCGGCGAGGGUGUCGCGGCAGAGGGGCUGUUCCAGGACGAGCAGACCGGCGGCAUCUUCACCGACGGCCACGACACUCAACUGGACGACAAGUUUGCCACCUCCGUCUGCAUCACGCCCGGCUCGACGGCUGAGGUUCAGGCGAUCGUCAAGCUCGCCAACAAGCACGGCGUGCCCAUCUCGCCCAUCUCUCGUGGCAAGAACCUCGGCUACGGCGGUCGUUCGCCCCGGUUGAGCGGAUCUAUCGUCGUCGACCUAGGCAAGCGCAUGAACCAGGUCCUCGAAAUCAACACGACCGACUACUACUGCGUUGUCCAGCCUGGUGUCUCGUACUUCCAGCUCUAUGACGAGAUCACGAAGCGGGGACUCGAGAAGACCGUGAUGAUGGACUGCCCGGACUUGGGCUGGGGCUCAGUGCUCGGCAACACAAUGGAUCGCGGCGUCGGCUACACCCCCUACGGCGACCACUUCUCCCAACACUGCUCGAUGACGCUCGUCCUCCCAAACGGCGAGGUCUUCAACACGGGCAUGGGCGCAGCAGGCGCCGACAACGCCUCGCGCUACCUCUUCAAUUACGGGUUCGGCCCGUACAUGGACGGGAUCUUCACCCAGUCGAAUUAUGCGAUCUGUACCGAGAUGGGCGUCAACCUCGCGCCGCACCCCGGCGGAUACCAGAGCUACCUCUGGACUUUCGAGAACGAGUCGGACCUCCCGCAAAUCGUCGAGCUCAUGCGACCGCUCCGCAUCUCCGGCGUUUUCGGCCACGUCGCGCAGCUCCGCCACUCGCUCGUCGACAUCGCCUGUCUAGGAACGAUGAACGACUUCUUCCCCGGCCGCGAUACCGCCAACUAUCUCAGCGACGACGAGUUUGUCGAGUUUGUCAAGACCAAGUUCAAGAGUCAGGGCGUGUGGAACUUUUACGGAGCGCUCUACGGGCCGAAGGCUAUCCGCGACUGCCACUGGGAGAUCAUCAAGACCGAGUUCUCGAAGGUCAAGGGCGCCAAGUACUACUUCGUCGACGACCUUCAGGAAAAGUCACUCCUACACUACCGCGACCUGACGAUGCAAGGCAUCCCCAACAACCACGAACUGCAGUGGCUCUCGUGGCGUGGACCAGGCUACGCGCAUUUGUUCUUCGCGCCCAUCUCGCCUUCGCGCGGGAAGGACGCCGAGACGCAGUACGAGUUGUGCAAGCAGCUUUGCAGGAAGUACGAGUUCCAGUAUAUGGGCAACUUCUGUAUCGGCGCGCGCGAGAUGCACCACAUCCUCGACUUGAUCUACGACCCGAACAACGACGACGAGAAGCGGCGUGCGCAGGCGCUCAUGCGCGAGCUGACAUGGGAGAGCGCCAAGCUGGGCUACUGCGAGUACCGCACGCACAAUUUCCUCAUGGACCAAGUCGCGGCGACGUACGGCGGGAACAACCAGAUCCAGCUGCGCUUCCAGGAAGCUCUCAAGGACGCCAUCGACCCGAACGGGAUCCUCGCCCCUGGGAAGAGGCGAUGCUCGUCUCGCAGUGGCAUCUGGCCCAAGCGGCUUCGCAACAUUUCCGGCAUUCGCCUGGGCGUCCCGGAGGAGCUGCAGCCGAAGGCAGAGUACUGGCCGCGCCAGACAGCCCGGAUGUGA